AUGAGAGCCACACAGGGCCAGCCAGGCAGCGCUGAGGAACAGAGCAGUGACUACAGCGAGGUGAUAUCAGACCCUUUCUCCUUCGCCCCGGCAGAACCUCUCCCAGAGUUCCAGCUGGAACCGGAGGAUGGGUUCAUCGUUAAGAACCGUCCGGUGCAGCUCCGCUGUAGGGCCGCUCCCGCUACGCAGAUCUACUUCAAAUGUAACGGAGAGUGGGUCAACCAGAACGAUCAUGUGACCAGAGAGAGCCUCGAUCAGAUCACAGGGCUGGUGGUGAGGGAGGUGGAUAUCUCCGUGUCGAGGACCCAGGCGGAGGAGCUGUUUGGUCUGGAGGACUACUGGUGUCAGUGUGUGGCCUGGAGCUCUGCAGGAACCACCAAGAGUAGCCGCGCAUACGUCCGCAUUGCAUACCUGCGUAAGAACUUUGAGCAGGAGCCGCUGGGUCGAGAGGUGAGAUUGGAGCAGGAGGUGUUGCUGCAGUGUGGACCCCCUGAGGGCAUGCCCCCUGCUGAGGUGGAAUGGUUGAAGAAUGAGGACACCAUAGAUCCGUCUCAGGACUCUAACUUCCUGAUGACCAUAGAUCAUGACCUCAUUAUUAAACAGGCCCGUCUCUCUGACACUGCCAACUACACCUGUGUGGCCCGCAACCAGGUGGCCAAGAGACGCAGUAGUACUGCCUCGCUUAUCGUCUAUGUGAGUGGGGGCUGGUCUUCGUGGACUGAGUGGUCGGAGUGUAACGCCCAGUGUGGGCGGGGCUGGCAGCGACGGACACGCAGCUGCACCAAUCCUGCGCCUCUAAACGGGGGAGCCUUCUGCGAGGGCCCGCCUUUUCAGAGAGUCACAUGCACCACUCUGUGUCCAGUGGACGGAGGCUGGACGGAGUGGGCCAAGUGGUCAGCGUGUGGGACAGAAUGCACCCACUGGAGGAGCAGGGAGUGUCAGGCCCCACCGCCCCGAAACGGAGGACGCCACUGUAGUGGUAGCAUGAUGGAGAGCAAGAACUGCACCAACGGACUCUGUACACGCAGUAAAAAGGUUUCUGUUGAACAUGCCAGUGAUCCGUUGGAUCCUGGUAUGGGUGUAAUGGUGUAUGCCGGCCUGCUGGGGGCGCUGUUGCUGUGUGUGGUGCUGGUGCUGUGUGUGGGGGUGUUGGCAUACCGACGCAACUGUCGCCAUCUCCACGGCGAUAUCACUGACUCCUCCUCCGCCCUCACCACAGCCUUCCAGCCCGGCAACUACAAACCACCCAGACAGGACAACCCUCACCUCCUCCACCCCUCUGCGCCCCCGGACCUGACGGCCACAGCGGGUACCUUCAGGGGUCCCCUCUUCUCCCUGCAGCAGGGUGCCAACGAUGGCCACCACAAGAUCCCCAUGACAACCUCUCCCCUGCUGGACCCCCUGCCCAGCCUCAAGAUCAAGGUGUACAACUCGUCUAACCUGUCAUCCCUGGAGUCACCAGCAGAUGGCCACAGCGACCCUGAGAUCCUCAGCCUGAAACACGUUGGCAUGGGGGGCACAUUGGGUAGUGCCAUGGCACGGGACAGAGACGGGUACCAUACACUGUCCAGAGAGCCUGGCCACAGCACCUCCGUUACCCUGGGCAACCUGGGGGGACGCCUUACCAUCCCUAACACAGGUGUGAGUCUGUUGGUUCCAUCUGGUACUAUUCCUCAGGGGAAGUUCUAUGAGAUGUACCUCAUCAUCAACAAGUGGGAGAAAACAACGUUACCGUCGGAGGGCAGUCAGACAGUGCUGAGCCCGGUGGUGAGCUGUGGACCAUCAGGCAUGCUGCUGAGUCGCCCUGUGGUCCUCACACUGCCACACUGUGCCCAGCUAGAUACCCCAACACCAGACUGGACCCUCACCCUCAAGACACAGACAAACCAAGGGGCGUGGGAGGAGGUGCUGACGGUGGGAGAGGAGAGUCUCUCGUCCCCCUGCUACCUCCAGCUAGAGGAGUCUAACUGCCACGUGGUGAUGGAGCAGUUGGGGACCUACGGUCUGGUGGGCCAGUCCUGCCCUCCCCAGCCAGCCUGUAAGAGGCUACAGCUGGCCCUGUUCGCCCCCAGAGCCCCCUGUCUCUCCCUGGAAUACAUCCUGAGGAUUUACUGCACACAGGACACACCACAAGCCCUGAAGGAGGUGUUGGAGUUGGAGAGGAGUCUAGGAGGGGUGUUGCUGGAGGACCCUAAACCCCUGUUGUUUAAAGACAGCUACCACAACCUGCGUCUGUCCAUCCAUGACAUCCCUCACUCACAGUGGAGAAGCAAACUACUGGCCAAGUACCAGGAGAUUCCGUUCUACCAUAUCUGGAGUGGUAGUCAGAGACCCCUCCACUGUACCUUCAGCCUAGAGAGAGGCAGCCUGGCCGUGUCUCAGCUCACCUGUAAGAUCUGUGUCAGGCAGGUGGAAGGAGAGGGACAGAUCUUCCAGCUGCACACAGACAUACAGGAGACCCUCCCGCCCUGCUCCCCCCUCCCCUCAGGGGGUACCUGCCUGCAAUCCUCCCAGGUGGGGCCCUAUGCCUUCCGUCUGCCCACCUCCAUACGACAGAAGAUCUGUGCCAGUCUGGAUGCCCCCAGUGCCCGCGGCUGUGACUGGAGACUGCUGGCACACAGCCUGGGCUUCGACAGGUAUCUGAACUACUUUGCAACAAAGCCCAGCCCCACAGGUGUUCUGUUGGACCUAUGGGAGGCCUGUCACCAAGGCGAUGCGGACCUGGUGUCCCUGGCGACCGCUCUCGAGGAGAUGGGCAAAAGUGAGGUCCUUGUUGUCAUGGCGACAGACGGCGAUUGCUGAUUGGUCAAAGAAAAAGGAGACAGAGAAAAAAAAGCGGGGGGAAAUCUUGACAUCGUAAAGAAAUAAAUACAAAUACACCAAUACUUGCCUAUGGAUAUGCACAUGGAAACAUACCCAGUCCUUCUGCACAGACGUAGCACUACAGACUCCUAUGGAAACAUACCCAGUCCACACCUUCUGCACAGACGUAGCACUGCAGACUAUUAGGUUUCUCUCGUCUGUAACCUCUGUCCCAUGGCCCAUCAGUGCCCCCCUUCAUCAGCCUCUCUAUGCCCAGCACACCCACCCCAUCCUGGGCUAGCUCUGCUACCCGCUGCCCAGGCUCACCUUGAGGCCUAACUGUUGCAGCUUUCCUGAAGGUGAAAGCUGUUGGUGUAAGGUUCUGAAAUAGGUGUUAAAUCCUCUCUAUGUCAUCCGUGUGGUGUGUUGUUUUAACAGAGCAGAAACAAGCUGUUUACUUGUACAUAAACACCCAUUUGCUUGAAGACUUUCAAAAAAUAAAAUGUCAAGCACUCAUACAAUCAAAGUGCACAUACACAAACACACGCGAACACACGGUGAGCGGCAGGAAGUGCAGAUCUGUCUGUCUCAAACCCCUCAGUCUUCGGACACACAAGACGGAGUCACAGACACAGUCACAGACAGAGUCACAGACACAGAGAGCCGCUGGACGUGGACACAGACACACAGACACACUCCACUUUCCUAUCCCUUUGGAUGCAGUCUUCUGGUGUUUUUUACUGACAAGACAACAAUCAGUCCUAUCAGGACUGAUUCUCUCUAAUCUCACAUUGAUUUCUGUUUUUAUAUUUUCAUUUCAUUUUGGGUAUCGAAUGGGGGUAAAGAUAGUUUGUAUUUAUGUUUCUACAGUAGCAGAGGGUUUGUUUUAAACUAUGUGGGUCUUGGGAUGGAUGGCGUGGGUGACUGACUAUCUGGUAAAGCUUUAUUAUAAGACUUUAUAAAGGCUUGUACAUGCUUAUAGGUGGGGUGGGGUGACGGUCUAGACCGAUUUGAUUCUUGAUACCAACAAACGCCUCAAAGCCUUGGCAUGUCAUGCUGUGUCUCAAAUGGCACCCUAUUUACUUUAUAGUGCACUAGUUUUGACUAGGACCCCCAUAGGGCUCUGGUCCAAAGUAGUGCACUACGUAGGGAACAGGGUGCCAUUUGAGACGCACCCAUUCACAUUCAGAGGUUGUCUUUCAUCUCCCCCCUCCCUUCAUCCUUCUGUAUUUCCUCUCUCUCUCUCUCUCUCUCUCUCUCUCUCU